GAUGAGAGGUGUGAGCGGGACAGCACGGCGUGGAGAUGACAGGACAGACCGAUGAUGACAUACCCGAGACUGGAGCCAUCUUCACAUUUGGAAAGAGCAGUUUUGCUGACAAUGUGCCGAGUAAAUUCUGGCUGAAGAAUGAUCAUCCGGUGCACAUCUCGUGUGGCGGAGAACAUUCUGCUGUCAUCACAGGCAAUGGGAAGCUGCUCAUGUUUGGUAGUAAUAGUUGGGGUCAGCUGGGACUCGGAUUAAAACCCACUGCCACAAAGCCUACAUCUGUGAAAGCCUUGAAGUCUGAGAAGGUGAAGUUUGCAGCUUGUGGGAGAGAUCACACAAUCAUCUGUACAUGGCGCGGUAGUGUGUAUGCUGCUGGCAGUAACCACGAGGGGCAGCUUGGUCUGGGUCACUGCAACGACACUACAUCUUUUCACCCGCUGCAUCCCUUCUGUGACCAUGCACCGAUCAAAAUGCUCUCUGCAGGAUGCAACACCUCAGCUGCCUUAACAGAGGACGGGAGGCUGUUCAUGUGGGGAGAUAACUCAGUGGGUCAGAUUGGUUUGGGGGAAGAGGGUUUUGCCCCAGAACCGAGAGAGGUGAAUGUGGGGCAGCUGGUGUCAUGGGUGUCCUGUGGGUACCACCACUCAGCAUUUGUCACAGUGGAUGGAGACCUCUACACAUUUGGUGAGAGUGGAAAUGGAAGGCUUGGUCUCUACCCAGAGCAACUGGCCAAUCACAGAGUCCCACAGCGGGUGCAGGGCAUUGUGGGUCGUGUCACUCAGGUGUCUUGUGGAGGGGAGCACACAGUGGCACUGACAGAGGAGGACGUGUACACAUUUGGCAGGGGUCAGUACGGUCAGCUGGGACUGGGGACGUUCCUGUUUGAGGCUGAUCUGCCAAAACCAGUGGAGCAUUUCCGUAAUGGCAACAUCAGCCACAUCAUUUGUGGAGAGAGCCACACUGCUGUGAUCACAAACAGUGGGCUGCUCUACACCUUUGGUGAUGAUCGCCAUGGGAAACUGGGUUUGGGCGAGGAGAAUUUCAUCAACCAGUUCAACCCAACGCUCUGCACACGUUUCCUCAAAUACAGCGUUCAGCUGGUGACCUGCGGUGGUAGUCACAUGCUGGUGCUGGCCACACCCAGACCACCAGAGAACGGAGACGUAGAGAUGGAGAAGGACGGUGACAUUGUAGAGGACCAUUUGGAGUUGAGAUACAAAGAAAUACUUUUGCGAGACCCUCUGAUCACUCACGGCCCGCAAAUUCCACCCCGAUUCUGCCACCUCUCUGCCCGAGCCCGCCGCAGAGAGAAGGUGGAGAUUAUAUUUAUCAGAACAUCCCCAAGGACAAAUGCCAAAAAAACAUUGUACCCAAAGGCAACCGCCAGAAAAGCCUUAAGCAACAAACGGUCACCUCAACUACCACCUAAGGAGUCCCCAAGCCUCGCUGGAUCCCCCAGUCUUGUCUCUGAUAAACAGCCGGGGGAUGAGGAGCAGAAUUACACUGUGGAGCAUCCUGCCUCGCCGCAAACAGCAGAAUCCCAUCAAACAGAAAUUGUCAUUGAAGAUGUGGAGGACAACACCUCUGAGACAGGAGUCGACCAUGAGAUUUUGCUAAAGAUGGAAAAGAAAAAGGGCAGAGCUCUUAGGAGAACUGCAGAGGAGCCAGAAAUGGCUGCUGAACAAAUCCAGCCCAAAGGGAGAGCAGAGUUAACGUCUGACAAGGCCUUGCCCGCAGAGCUGCUGAGAGGCUCCAGCUCCCUCUCCUUAAAGAGUGACGUCUCUUCACUGAAGAGCACCAAGAGUCUAAGUAACUCCCAAGUUACGUCCAAAGACCAGGAGAACAUUGCCAAGCAGGUAAAGUCCGGUAGAAUCAAAACUCAAGUUGACAAACAAGGUCAAAGGGAUAUUUCUCAGUCUUCACCUGGAGGUGCAAAACAAGAUAAAAGCAAAUCUACGGUAUCUAACCAAAGAAGUCCAAAACCUAGCCGGAGGACACUGACUGGGGCGCAGCAGAAAGCGACUGAAAUCAAGGAAAACACAAGGAAAAACGACCAGUUUAAGAAAAGCAGUGUCAAGGUCACCAAAGGAAAUGAGGUGAAAACUAAAAGUUCGAAAGCUGUAGAAAAAGCUAGAGAGGAAGGCAACACCGAUGCAGCAGUCCAAAGUAAAACCACUCAAGUCAAAUCUACCCCAGUUAAAGUUCAGAAACAGACGGAGCAGGUCCAAUCGACUCCUAAAAAAGAGCUAAAUAAGCCUCAGGGUGCCAAAUCGACACCAGUCAAAGUUCAAAGUAAACAACUGGAGGCAAAAUCGCCGCAAGCGAAAAGUAAAUCAAAAGAAAUCAUCACCACCCCUGCUAAGGUUAAACGUGAGAAACCCACCGAGGUCAAAUCGAACCCUGUUGAGGUGAAAAGGAAACCACAGUCCACUGCAGUCAAAGUUGAACGUAAACCUGCAGAGCAAACUCCGGCCAAAGGUAAAAGCAAAGGAAAGGAUGUGAAAAAUGGGCUCGCCUCUGCCAAGACUACUGCCUCUCAGAAAAUGAAAGGUAAACCUGUGGAUGAGCAGAAGCUCUCUGGAGUUGGCAGCAGUGAGCCAAAGGGGAAAAAGAAGGCAAAAGAACCUGAAAAUGAAAUGCAGGCAAAAACAAAGCCAGGGGCGGCAGAAAGGGAUGAAAGCACAAAUAAAGGUGAAGCACAGCUGGAUGAAACACCAAGCUCGCCUGCAAAAAUGAGCGAUCUAGACGUUGUCGGUGAUUUGAGGGCGACUCCAAAGAAGGUGAGGAGCAAGCCGAUCCAGGUGUCCAGCCAGCCCUCGCCGUAUCUCAAUAAACCCAGUGAGGAGAUGAGUGAACCGCUCAACUCUCAGAGCCCCAAGAGAACCGAGGUAAUUUCUGUCAGUGGAGCCAAAUCCCCUCAAAGCUCUGCACCUGCUGACAGGGAUCUGCUGAUUCCUGAAAGAGAGAGACUGAAGCUCUCAGGGGAGGAUACUCAGAGCCUGACUGAAGAUAAUAAACCAAAGUGGGGGGAAAUUCUCAGCGAUGCGGCCGCUCUUCUUCCUGCCGCGGGGAUGACAGGAGUAGCCGUGGGGGUCCUGAGCGAGGCCGUGACAACGGUGAGGGAUUUCCGUUCCGAAAGCGAAGCCCCUUCCUCUGCGCAGCCCAGGAGAUCCAGUCGCUCCGAGCGCUUUAAGAAGCAGGUGGCGGUCAGUCAGUCGUCCUUCUCCUCAACCAUUUCAGGGUCACUUUCAACCACAGAACCGAAUCCGGCAGAACAAGGCAAGAGGGAAGACAUUCAGGUCAGCGUCCUUCUAGAGCCGGGAGACGCCCACCAGGAAGAUGAAGGCGACGACACCACCGAGGAUCAGACGUGGAGCAGGACGUCAGAACAGGAGGCAGAGAAGAGCGAAGUGUCCCAGCAGACCGCGAUGAGAGGUGAGACAGAGACGGAUGAAGAUGAGAAAAGUGCAACACAGAGUUCGCAGAUGAAGAGCAGUGGCACAGACGUCGAAAGUUCCCAACAGGAGCCUGAGGAAGACGACGAGGAUGAAGAUGACAAAAGCAGCAAGGUUUCACAAGAGGGUGAGGGAGAGGAUGAGAGCGAGUUAGGAGGGGCAGAGAGUGAUUCUGACGAGGAGGAGGAGAAGGAAGAGGGAGAGAGUGGAAGUGGCGUAGAAGAAGAGGAGGAAAGAAGCGAAGUGAGUGUGGAAACAGAGGCCGAAGAAAGCAGUGAUUCUGGGAGUGGUGGGGAGGGUGAGGAAGAGGAAGACGAGGCAAGCGAAGGGGGAGAGGGUGAGGAGCAAGCAGAUUCUAGCGAUGAGGAAGAAGACGAGAGCGGUGAGAAGAGUGACUACAGCGAUACUGACGCAAGUGUUGAGGGGGAGGAAGAAGAGGGAGAUGAAAGCAGUGAGGCAACAGGAAAAGGAGAGAGUAGCUCUGAGGCAAGUGAAGAGGAAGAGGAGAGUAAAGACGAGUCCAGUGAAGCGGAAAAUAAAGACAAUGAGGAAGAGGAAGAAAGUGGAGUAAGCUCUGAUGAAGACAGCGAAAGCGGUGAGGAAUCGGCGAGUUUGUCAGGCAGCAAGAGUGAAGAAUCAGACACGGAGGAGGAGAGCGAAGGAAAUGACGCUGCGGAGACUGAAAAGAGUGAAGAGAGUGAGGAAGAAGAGGAAAACGAGGAGGAGGGGGAGAGUGGAGCAGAGGAGGAAGGAGAGGAUGAAGAGUCAACCAAAAGUGAGGAUAAGCAGAGAGACUCAGAGGAGGAUGAAGACAAAGGUGAGAGUGAGGGAGAGGAUGAUGAUGAUGAUGAUGAUCAGACAAAGGACGAAGAGAGCCGAGAAGAUGAGGCAUCUGUCGAGGAAGAUGAAAAUGAGGAGGAAGGGGACAGCGUGGCUGAGGAGGAGGAGGAAGAGCAAGACAAGGAAAGUGACGGAGAAGCAGAGGAGGAGGAAGGAGGCGAUGAAGAGGCUUCAUUAGUGGAGGAUGAGGCUGAAGAGGAAGAGGGCGACGAGGAGGCUGCAGAAGAGGAAGAGGAGGACGAUGAAGAGGUUGCAGAGCAGGAUGACGGCGAGGAAGAGGGUGCAGAGGAGGAAGAGGAUGAAGGUGAGAAGGAAGAAGAAACGGAAAUAAAGGGGAAAAGAAAGAAGGACAGUAGUAAAGAGGUGAUGGUGGAGACUGAUGAGGAAGAGGAGGAGGAGGAUGGGGAGGAGGAAGAUGAAGAGGAGGAAGCAGAGAACGAAACAAAGGCAAAGAAAAAAGAGCAGAGAGAAGACCCAAAGGAGGAGGGGAAUGAUGAUGAAGAAAAUGAGGAAGAGGCUGAAGAAGAGGCUGAGGAGAGAGCCACGGUGGAGGAAGAAGAGAACGAAGAUGAGGAAGAGGAAGCAGAGGAGGAAGAGGAAGAGGAGGAAGAGAAUGAGGCAACAGAAAACGUCGCGAGGGUUAAACAAACAGAGAAGACGACUGAGGAAGAACAGGAGGAGGAGGAAGAGGAGGAAGAGGAGGAGGAAGGAGACAAAGAAGACAAUGAGGAGAAAAGUCAGAAAGAAGAGGAGGAAGAAGAAGCGGAGGAGGAGGAGGAAGAAGAAGAAGAAGAGGAAGAGGUAAAAUCAACAAAAGUAAAGCAGAAACCCGCAGACAGCAAAGUGAAGCAGCAGAGAGAAACACCCAGACCGGCUCCCAGGACAAAGCCGAGGGCGGCGGGGGAGAAGCAAGGCGCCGACUCCCAGCAGUUCUGGAGCAACGUGCUGCCUCAGUACCUGGACCUGCAAUGAAACGACGUCCAAUAACAAGAAGGACACUGACCCAAACCAUCAAUGACUAUGUUUUCAUGCACAAAAUAUUCUGGGUUUUGCCCUUUAUUCUGUAAAAGACAAUAUUCCUCCCACGCUGUUUACAUGGCUAAUAGGUAAACAGGCAGCCGUGCAUACUCCUAUUAUAUUUGCACAUAUCUGAGUCUUUCACAAUUUUUAAAAGUAGGUGUGUUUCUCCUUCUCACCUGAAACGUGGGCUUUUGUUAUGUGAAUGCAUCUCUAACCCAGCCAGGCAAACAACACGCAGAAAACACACAAAAACCCAACUGAGACACUUGAGAAACUGAGAAUCGCGCUGUGUGUGUGACCAAAGAGUUCUCCUAACACCUGAACGAUACUGGCAUAUCCCACGUCUCCAUCGGAAAAUGUUACAUUCGGAAAAAGGCCAAAUUCGGAAAAUAUCCAAAAGAAAUAUGCUGUUUGUCUGACCUGUAUCAAAUUAGGAAUAUUGUCAUAUUCAGAAUAACAGUGGAAAAUUAGUGUGCAUGUGAAUCUGCUGAGUCCUGUCCUGUCAAAGUGUCGUCGUUUAAGACACUGCAUCCUUAUCUGCUCAUUCAAGCUCACUCUUCAUUAAAGGUAUAAUUCACAAAAUUGCAGAAGACUGAGGGCUAGAAAAAUACAAUUACAGUAGCAUGUAAUUUCUUGGAUGAGUCCAUCAAAGUGGUUCUGAUUGUCACACCAACUCACUCAUAUGCUGUUAGCACUUCCAGGUUUGAAGCUAAAAGUUAGUAGGACUUAUGUGUUUCAGGUCUAAGAAACAGAAACAUUGUUGUCAUUACCUUGUUAAGCUGAUGACAGCAAGGCUUCGGCCAACAAGCAUGGGUUUUUCACUCAUUUACUAGAACAACCACAGUGGAGAGAAAAUCACUUUGGGACUAUAUCAAACAUUUUAAAUUUUACCUUUGUCUCACUGAGGCAUCAUCAGAUCAAAUUUAUUAUCAUUCACUGAAAACACCAUGCUGUGGACAGCCAUGUUGAAAGACCACACCUGGGCCAGUUCAGUACUUUAUCAGGGUGUUUAUGUGCACUUCCUGCUGGGAAGCUGGAAUACACAACAAACCCAACAGCACAUGAAUGAA